CAAAGUAGCCAUGUAGCAAAUGGUAACGCUUGAAGUUGACAGCCCAGUUUUUUUUCUCAUUAAAAAGGUUUUAUUACGAGAUAAAUUAAGUAUUAAUGUAAAAAAAUUGUUUGCAAUUAAAUAAUUAUUCAAAACAUAAAACUAAAGCAAGAAAAGUAUUUUUUCCAAAAUAAGAAAUAACAUUUAACAGAUCAUCAGAUGUUCAGUAGUGGGCCACAGUGAUCAAUGCUUAAUUUCAUAAACUUAUUUUAAUUAUUUAUUAAUUUGUAUGCAAAAAUGACGGACGGAAACUUAAUUAUGACUGCGAACGGUCUUAUAGAUAAAUCUAAAGAACUUCAAAAGGAAAUCUUGAUGGAGAAGUUAAGGUCUAAAACACCACAAUAUAAAAAUUUGACCGAAACUUCUAAGGCUGUAAGAACAUCUAUGUUGGACAAGAGGUGGGGUGUUGAUAAUGCAGACAGGAUGAUUUUACAGAAGUGCUUAGAUAGUUUGCAGCACAGUAUAAAAAUUACAUCUCUACAAAACCUAAUAGAAAGGCUUCAAUGUCUUUCAAGACAGUUAGGAUUAAAAUUAGUAGUUGGCACUUCAGGAGUAAACUUGUUCAUAUCAUCAGAUAUGUUUUAUUUAGAGAUACUUGUAGAAUCAUCGGGUUCCGUAAAAGAUGUCAAAAUACAUCAUGAAGGAAAGAUCGAACAACAAAGUUGUGAAGAAUUGGUACACUGUAUAUCAGCUGGAGAUUUCACAGAUUUUACAGCACAAUUAGAAGGUUUGACUGCUGUUUAUCAACUUAAUGCUGAGAAAAAGGUGAAAUGUAAAGCAUUCACUGCCCUUCAGAGCUUGGAAGAUGACCUGUGUACGUUACGACAAUUACAGAGUUUUAUAAAAGAUCCUUGGGCACAAGUACACAAGAGUCCCAUAGGUUUUCUUCAGAAACGUAGAGGAGGUCACGCGAUGCGUCUAACGUACUUCGUUUCACCAUACGAGCUAUUAGACAAAGACGCGGGCCUACAGCCUCUCACGACUGAACUCUUGACGACCGGGAAACCUACGGCAUCCAACGGCUUCGCUUCACACGGCACACCCGCCUACACUCCUAUAGGUCAUUCCGCCACUGUCUUAUUAGAAGGCUCCACUGCCAAUAAACUGCAGUUAUCGACUAUUAUAUCAAAUGCCCAACGAUCUGGAAAAAGCAACGGUCCCGUAUACGCGCCACUGGUACCCCAGAACAGUGCGAUGCUGCCGGCUUGCUUCACCCUCAAACUGUCGCAGCCGACGCCGCUGUGCUCGGGCCUAGCGAAAUUAAUACAAGCCACGACAGAGGUGGAAGUGUCUGGCGACUGGGCAAACGCCAAACCGUUGUUAGGGCUGGUCGUACAACAAGCGUACGAUAAACUCGUGCCCGGCAAGAAUAUUGAGUUGAAUCUCAGUAAAGGACUGUUUGUUAACCUACCGAAGCAGACUCAGUGCUACUUUGUAUGUGAGCGGCGCGGGCUGGAGGGUUGCAUUGUAAACAGCGUCCCGUUCACGCACCCGUCGCACGUGGCAGCCCUGCUGGCGUGUCUGCGGCAGCAGGCGCUCUUCAACACGUUGCUCGCGAGCUGCGUACGGCUGCAGACCAAACUAGCUGUCGAACUCGAAAAGGUGUUGAUGUUCGAAGUGAGCGCCCUCUCGUGGCAGCACAUUUCUAUAUCGUUGGAACAUCCGCUAGAAGAAUGUAUGGCCACCGUCGAACUUGAACUGUCGGAUCCGGCCUCGCCCCGCGCGUCUGUGUACACGCUGAACAGUCCGGCUCGAGACCACAUCGACGACUACAUCACCAGGGUGCUGCAAAAGAGUCAUUCUAUACCAAUAACGUUAAGGUCUCUCGUCAAGAUAUGGGAGCGCGAGGCCGCAGCGAAGCAGAUGAACGGCGGCUACUCUGCCCUGGACUCGAAUUUUAGUUGCGGCGUCGGCGGACUCGACCCCGGCGGCGAGCAGCUCAAGCACGAGCCCGCGCACCCGCACCGCGCGCUCUACCCGCACCCGCACCACGCCGGCGCAUAUCUCUCCGAGCAACAGCACCAACUAACGAUGAUGUGUCAGGAUUCGAACGAGUCUAAGCACCAGGAGGAACGGAAAUCGAAAAAGCGAAAGUCUGAUUCUGAUGUAUGGAGCACGGCGCAGAAGAAAGGCAAGCCCGGUUUGAGCGACAUGAUGGAUUCGGACAGCGAGAGCGACAAUUCCGAUAAUUACGCGAACGAAGACGACAAUACCGUAAACAGUAAUUCUAGUACCGAAGAUUUGGAAGGCCGAGAGUCGUCCGCCUCGCAAAACGAAUUCACGUCAGAUCUAGAACUUUCCACGAUGGACGCCGCGGACGCCUUGAGGAACCAGGAUAACCGGACCUCGUCCGAUAUAGACAACUCGAACGAUGGAGACGUCGAAGAAAUUAUGAGGAAUUCUUUUCAGAAGUCUGAUCACAAAAGGCAAAAACUUAAAAGUAAAGAUUCGGAAAUGAGAAGAAGCUCUUCUUCUUUGUUGCUCGAUUUGACCGAAGGUAAAUCGUACAUGCCCUCGUCGGUCAGCAUCACGCCCAUCGGCAGUAGCUCCGCUAACCCGCAGCCUCCGUCGGGUGCCGGCAUCUCUUCCAUGCUGUGUCUCGACCGACGCCCCGGUAUCGAGAUCAUACCGAUCUCGGCGGCUGCUCCGGCCGCCCUGCCCAGUUCCAUAACCAUCACGCCUAUCACGUCCUCGCAAAUCAAAUCUAUGGACGAUCGUAUUAGGUCAGACAGGAAGUCCAGCAAAUCCGGCGAGGAACGAAGCAAAGAGAAGAAGAAAAAACGCAGACGAGACGAUUCGAUGGGACCCCCGGAGAAAGUGCCUCCUAAGCAGGACCCGUUGACUAAGCCCGUAUCAGUCAGUAUCAAACCUACUGACGGCUCGCCCUUGCGUGCGUCGUCGCCGAACUCCCUGAUCAGGAAAUUCAGUCCGAGUCCAACGCACGGCCGUUCCGUGUCCAUCACCAAAUCACCGAGCCCUAGUACGGUCAAGGGCAUAGGGAAACCGUCCGGCACGUCCAGCCACCACAGCAGCCCGCGACAUUCACCGGUCCAAAAUAGUCCGAAACAUCUAACAGGCUAUUCGAGUCCAAAAAACCACAGCAUCUCUUCCCCUAAACAAAGCUCGUCCGGUUCAGGCAAGCCUAGUAUGUCGGCUUUAAAAUCGGCGACAAGCGGCUCUCCGUCUGCUAAAUCCGGAACAACUGGUUACGAUCUGACAAAAAAAAUUUCGAAAGACAACUACAGCUCUAGCUCCUCAACCUCUAGGGAUAAAGAAAAAAAACAUUCCAGCCUCUCUUUUUCUAGUUCCGAUCGGAGCAGUCCGAAAUUAAAAAACCCCAUGAAAAUCAAACAGCUAGAAAUAACUCCAGUUACCUGUGAUAGUGCUGUGACGGAGCCAUUGAUUUCUCCGCCAAAUAUAGAAGUAAACAAACCCAAUGCUAGCCAAGCGCGUAACAGAAAGGGCUCGCUGAGCGCUGUCAUAGACAAACUUAAGUCGGCUCAACAUUGUGGAGGGGAUUCCGACUCGAGUUCGAAGUCCAGCGGCUCGUCAAGUAGCGUCGGUAAAUUCUCGGAACAGAAAAACAGUUUACCCGCUAGCGGCGGCAAAACGAGCGAAAGUAAAAACCAAGAAUACAUGGUGAAACCAAGUUCGGACGGAAUGAAGAUCACCAUCAACAAGACUCGCUCAAAGGAAUCCAGUAGCAGUUCGAAAUUAAACUAUAGCUCUAGCAAACAAUCAUCUCCCCAGCUCACGCCUCCCAGUCAAGGCUCUCCAAAAACGCACACCGGCUUGAAACCUGGAGUUAUUAGUGGACCGGCCUCUAAAAAGACCCAAGCCAUGCAGUCUUCUAAAUCCAGCAGUCUGAACACAAGCUCGACACCACCCAAAGCGAAUAUGAGUCCUUCGGAUUCGAGUAAUCCGAACAUGUCUAAAGUGCCUUACUCUAAGUCAUCCAGCAGUAGCAGUAGCGCUGGUAUAAAUCUUUCAAAAUCUGCCUCCAAAUCUAAUUCGGGCUCGCCUAAAGGCAGUAGUUCAGAUUUAGCGAAAAUAAUACGAGAUCGUGAAAGAGAGAAAGCGCGAACGAAACUCAUGAGUAAUUCAGAAAAGUCUAUAUUUUCUUCGAAGUCUGAACGGCAUUCUAGUCCGAGUGGCUCUAGAGACGACGUCGAUGGCGACAGAAUAAAAUCUUCGAAAGAUGUAAACUUUCGUGUUGAAGGCCUAAUGAAACCUCUGGACACUCGAAACUUUCAAAUUCCAAAACUAAAAGACAAAAAUAGUCCCGCGGCGCAGUAUGAAAACAGAUCCAUGGUAAAUGAUUUUUCACGUUCGCUUGACCAAAAUAAAUAUCCUUUUUCGCAUUACGAUAAUUCUAACAAAGGUUCCGAAUCAAUGCAAAAGUCGGCCUACCCUUUAAAUGUACCAAAACCAUUAAUGAACUUAGGAGCAAUGAGUCCUAAAACUACAGGUAAAAGUGAUCAAUCGGACAGACCCAUGGAAUAUUCCAAAGCCACCGCAGACAGCCUUACCAAAGGCGGGAGUCCUCAGCGUAACAAGGACGAGGCCAAAGAUGCUUAUUCCAGUUCUUAUCCUCUGAUGCCACUCGAUUUUAAAACGGAUAUGGCAAAGGGAUUCGCUACUCCAAAAGGCGCCCCCGAAGACAGAAAAGGGGCCGACUCUUGUAUGAAACCGCCCGCGAGCGCAUCAGUGGCCCGCAGUGGGGCGACUACGCCUCAAGAAGCAGCAGAAAUGCUAUUAGAUUUCUCCUCAUCGUCCGGUAGUAAAGUUUCUGGCUUAGUAGCGGUCCGUCCCGUGUACCCUGCCUCUCCGGCCCUCGCCCUGCAAUUAGCCAAGAGCCCUGCGCCUUCGCCCCUAGUAGCUCCGUCGCCUCAUUCUAAUUCACCUUGUAUUACAGACGAUGAACUCAUAGAUGAAGGAUUAGUUGGUCCCGGUAAGUGAAAACGGUAUAAACAUCGCGCCGAGAUAUGUUCCGCAAAAAUAAAGCCAAAAUGCCUUGAUAACUGAUAACUGCGAGGCACACUAACUUAUAAAUAAUGUAAUUAAAAUUGUUAGAAUAACAAUUAUUUUCAUACGAAUUUGUUGUAUAAAAUCUUAUGAAGUAAAUACAUACGUAUUGUAAAAAUAUUUAUUUUACUUCAAAUAAUUUAAAUUAUGCUUUGAAAAUAUUUAAUUUAUCCAAAGUAUUAUCUAUGUAAAUAGUAUUAUUAUAAUGUGAUGUAUUUUAGUUUUAAAGACAAACUUUGUUAUAAUAAAAGACGAUGUAGAUUUUGUAAGUUUAAUAUAAUAUAUAUUUUUAAAGAUCAUGAAAUAACACUAUCGAAAUAAAUAAAUACAGAUUCUUGAGUUGGAAAAUGUUUUGUAAAUAGGCUAUAAAAUAUAUUAAUAUAGAAAGAGUACUGCAGCUCCAAUAAAAUUGAGAUAGCAUUUACAAAAAUGUUGAAUGACUUCUUUUUUUUAUUAAACGUGGGAAACUC